ACAGCUGUUUCGUACGACGUUUUCCAUAUUCUUACUUACAAGUACGACAAGACAUUGCAAGUACUCCUUGUUGUUUUAAUAGUUUUAUCGAUUUUGUUAGCGAAUUAUUCAGACGUGGUUCUUCACUGUAACUGAAAUCAGGGUUCUUCGAGGAAGAACGUGAUUCACGUAAAGUGCACGUUAUUGCGUGUAUGAAUUACUUUACGCGGGAAAAAGUAUUCUCGAAGGAUGUGUUAAAUGAACGAUCGAUGGAUAACCGCGCAAAAGCAUGUAUUGCUUCAUGAUUUUGCGGUACUGAAUGACUCUGCGAUCAGAAUGCCCUUUGCAGGACAAUGGUGCAAAGUAUGGAUUUAUUUCGGAUUCGUUUUCGCGUGGGCAAAAGGUGCGCGUCCACGCUUUGAUACCUCCACGGACAUGGGAUUAGUUCUAGUUCCAGCGGAUGCUGAAGUAGAUUCUGUCAUUUUUCGACUUCGCGCCACUGACCAGGAUGCAGAUUUCCCACUUGUUUUUGAAAUAACUGCUACCAUCACACCUGUUGUAAGGAUCGACAACCUGCCGUGCACGUUGUAUAACAAAGUGUGUCAAGCUAAUGUAAUACUAACGAAACGGCUAAUGCCCGGCCGCCUUCACGAUUUUGCUGUUAGGGUUAGGGACACGAAAGGAGAUUCCAACUCGAUGCAAGCUACUAUUUCUGUUACGAACGCAACCACCCUUCGUGAUAAAAUAUUCCCGCACAUACCCUCUCUGAUAAUGGUACCCGAGGAUACUAAACCAGGCAAAGAAUUAGAUUAUCUUUUAGUAAGAGCUAAUUCUUGGAGUGGAAAACCCGUUUAUAUCGAACUCUGGCAACCAAAAGAACUUUUCACUAUAAGACAGCGGCAGACACCCACGCAAACACGAGGAAUAAUUACACUAACUGGAGAAUUAGAUUUCGAAACGCAAUCCAUGUACACUCUCACCAUGUAUGCUACGGAUCCCUAUACGGAGCAGGGAAAAGAUACUAGAAAUAUUGCAGGCUUAAGCGUUGUUGUGAUAGUUCAAGAUGUUCAAGAUGUUCCUCCAAUUUUUACGCUAGCCCCUCCCCUCACAAGGAUUAACAAUUCUGUACAACCUGGUGAUAUAAUACUACGAGUGCACGCAGAAGACGGAGAUAAAGGUGUACCGCGUGAAAUCGUGUACGGUCUCGUAUCUGAAGGCAACCCCUUUACGCCAUUUUUUAACAUCUCUGAAACAAAUGGUGAAAUUACUCUUGCCAAACCAUUGGAGGAACUUACCCAAAUUACGCACGUUGGAGCACCCGUUGUACUUACGGUGGUUGCUGAAGAAAUAAGAAGAAGCAGAGAAGAACCUCCUGCCCAAGCCACAGUUGUUGACGUUGGCUUUCUUCUUGGGGAGCCGGGGAAUAGUCCACCAUACUUCGAGAGCGAUAAGUUGGUACCUGAGUCGUGA